UGUCAGAACCCUGCUACUAGAGCCUGGAUGUGGCUCUGAGUUUCAGGGUCACUGACAUUGAUAAGACACCUGCGUCCCAGGACUCGGAGGAGAAACGGCUGAUGGACUUGGCGGGGAAUUUGCGCGGGGUUUUACUGAGCGGGAAGAGACUGUUCAAAUGAGGGGGAGGGUAUAUAAAGGAGGGUUGGCCGGAGCCUCCCAUUCUUGGCUUUUCUGAUGUUCAUGUUUCCUACAGUAAAAGUUCCUGGUGAUACCACAGAGAGUCUCGUGUGUUCAUUCAGGAGCGGCUGUGGUGAGCUGACACUAAGCCAAGAAUACGGACACCAUCCCGCUGUAGCGGUGAGGUGUAACAUGCAAGUGGAGGAUGAAGAGCUCUUGGGCGCCGGAGGAGGAAGGUCGGAAAGGGCCACUCCCGAGACGGACGCUGAGUUCCACCAGCUGGCGGCCCUGGCGUCAUCCACCGCUUAUGCCCAGCCAAAUGGGGUAACCCAGAGGCGCGGAGUGGUGCGGGGAGAUAGCACCGGAGGAGAGGAAGGUUCACCUUCCCCAGGCCCGCAAAAGAUGGUGUUUCUGGAGGAGAGGAUGUCGGCGAUGGAGACCACCCUGGCAGUGAUGUCGAGGGCGAUGGAGCGCCUGGCGGUUUUGGCGGAGCCGGAGCGAGGAAGGGAACUCCGGGCUAGCUCAAUGUGGGACGUGAGCAUGGGAAGCAGCCAGGGCUUUGCAGACCUCCCAGCACCGAAGGGAAGGGAAAUGCGAAAGGAGCCCGGUGCCCGGCCCAAGAUCCAAACGAGCCUGACGCGGGUGGAGGAGAGUGACGACGAAGGGGAAAAGCCUCCGAGAAUCCCGGCUACGCUCCCAACUGAGACCCUGGUGCCCCUGGCGAAUGCCGGGCGUGGCACAGGACAAAGGGAAGCAGCAGCGGGGCCCACUGGCCCGCAAGGGGGCUUGCGACGGGCGGAGAAUUGGGGAUUGCCACCACAGGGACCCCUACCGAGACGAGAGGAACUAAGGAUCGAGUUUGGGGGAGAGUCCUCUGAACUGGAUUUUUUCCUGACCACGGUGAGGGGCUAUAUGGAGGACAAUGCCCACACUUUUAGAACGGAAUCCAGCCGGGUACGGGCCAUUGGUGCAGUGUUGAAGAGGGGAGCGGCCAGCUGGUACGUUCAACUACACGCGCGGCGCGACCCAUGUCUGGGGUCACUCCGACGCUUUAUGGGGGCCCUGGAGACCCGUUUCCGAGAUCCACUGGAGCAGAUCCGGGCGAGGGAGGAGUUGAAGACCGUCUCCCAGGGGCAGAGGUCGGUAUCUGAGUAUGCGGAGGAAUUCCAAUGCCUCGCUGAAAAGGUGCCGGAAUGGUCUGCAGUGACAAAGAUAGAACUCUUCAAAGAGGGGCUCAGGCGGGAGAUCCUCUCCUGGGCGGUGCAUCGUGAUGAGCCUGACACACUGCGCGGAUGGAUUCAGCUGGCGGGGCGCAUCGAGACAUCGCUGGCCCAGGCGAGGAGGCACCGAGGAGGGCUACAGCAGCGGCCGCAGAUGAAAGAGGGGAGCCGGAAGGAGGGAUCAACCCCAGCCGGGAGGAGAACGGAGCCGACAGGGAACGUGAGCACCAGCAGGAGGGGCUGCUUCGUGUGCGGCCGUUUGGGCCACAGGGCUGCCGAGUGCUGGCAGAGAAAAGGGGAAGGCGGAGGCCCGCCCAAACCAAGAGCCGUGGCAGGGAAACGCGCCGAGGAAGAACCACCGAUGAGGCACCACUCGGGGGGGUUGGACGAAGGGGAGGAGGACGCCAUGUCAGAACCCUGCUACUAGAGCCUGGAUGUGGCUCUGAGUUUCAGGGUCACUGACAUUGAUAAGACACCUGCGUCCCAGGACUCGGAGGAGAAACGGCUGAUGGACUUGGCGGGGAAUUUGCGCGGGGUUUUACUGAGCGGGAAGAGACUGUUCAAAUGAGGGGGAGGGUAUAUAAAGGAGGGUUGGCCGGAGCCUCCCAUUCUUGGCUUUUCUGAUGUUCAUGUUUCCUACAGUAAAAGUUCCUGGUGAUACCACAGAGAGUCUCGUGUGUUCAUUCAGGAGCGGCUGU